CACCUCCUGAAGGGAAAAGUUUUCAAGUGGGCAUUCUGGAAAGGACAGAGAAAGGCUAUAUUGACUUUUAACCAAACCAACAUUUUUGCACAAAGUCACUUUUUAGUCAUACCAUCUUCCAGUCAAGAAAUAUGAAUGGACCUGUUCCUGCAAGUGGUCAUUAUUUGGUACAAUGUCCUCUUUUCCCACCUUAACUUUAGGCUGAAGUGAAAGCAAUUCACCACAAAUUUAGCAUCUUGCCCAUGACUAAGAAACACCAAGUAGUCCAUUGCUUUAGCUUCAGAAAAUACCUUACAGGUUCCUUUUUCCGAAGUCUUCACCUUAAAGAUUUGAUAGAAGGCCACUUCCAAGAAGAAAUUUCAAAUGGGAAAUCAGCUGACAGAUGAGUUAACUAACUUUUCACCUACAACUCUCAUCAAGAAAUAUCAGCAACACUUUCAAAAACAUGGGCUUUUCUCCUAAUCAACAGUCACCAAAUCAUUCUAAGAGAUUCAAAUUCCUUGUCUCAACCCUCAAGGAUGCUUUUGCAAACUGCCAUUCUUUGCGAAGAAAAGGACAAUCAAGUCAAGAAGAAGAUGAUACAAUUUGCAAUUAUGAUGAUGAAGAAGUACAGGUAUUUAUAUCAGCAGUAAUAAGCCAAUACAUGGAGUUGAAAUGCAGGAGAAAGACAACCAUCACAACUGACAAGUUUACCUGGGCUUUCUCUCCAGCAACCAGAGAUUUAUUCAUCUCUGCAAGACUAAGACAAAAAGAGGAGGAGAAGGAAGAUCAAGAAACAGAAGAAAGGGAAGAUUUUUACUCUGUUGCAAGUCGUCUUUCUCCCUGCUCCAGUGCUACAAGUUUUGGGGCAUUUGUCACAGCUAAGACAGUCUUUUCACGAUCAUCAAGCUUAGACAGGAUUGACUUCCAAGAUCCCUGGAGGCGUUCUGUCAUUCAAGAAUUAUCUGACUGUGAAGGAUGGCCAUUUGGUCUAUACCGAAAAGCCUUGUUACUUCCACCUUUGCCAAAAUCACCAUCUGAUUCUUGGACAUGGAGUAAGAGUGCUAGAAUGGUUAAGAUGCACUGAUGGUUAACAUUUUAAAUCAACUACCUCUAUUCCACGAAGCAAUUUUACAUUUUC